AAAGUCCAUCUCGUCUCACAAUUAUUGUAAACCAAUUACGAACCCAAAAUUCAUCAAAAAAUUUUGAAUUUUUAUGCCCCUCUGAUCACGGUCUUGAUGCUAUUCUAGCAAUUCACGAUGUUGAUUAUAUUGAGUAUCUGAAAUCUGCUUAUAAGGAAUGGUGUGAAGAAGGUGGUAAUAAAGAUGGGGUAAUACCGGAAGCAUUUCCUCAUGGUGGAUUUACUAGUAUUAGUCGAGGCAAGAUUAAGAACCUUAAAUCGUCUCUUGCUAAAGCCGGGAUGUAUUGUUUUGAUCUGUCAUGCUGUAUAACAGAAGAGACUUGGGAAGCAGUUUAUGAAUCCGCGCAGAUUAGUAUUAGUGCUGCUAAAGAAUUUAUCAAACUUAAUAACGAAUCUGUUUAUGAUAAAGGUCAUCCAGUUGGCGUAUUCGCACUUUGUCGUCCACCUGGUCAUCAUGCAAAUUCAAAUAUCAGCGGUGGCGGCUGUUUUCUCAAUAAUGCUGCUAUCGCAGCUAAACUAUUGAUCAAUAACUUUGAUUCUGAUGGAAAUGCUAAAAAAGUUGUUAUAUUAGAUAUUGAUUAUCACCAUGGAAAUGGAACACAAGACAUUUUUUAUUCUCAAUCAAAUCCUUUAUAUGUCUCAUUACAUGCAUCAAAUGAUUUUCCUUGGUAUACUGGUGAAGCGACAGAAGUUGGCGAAGGUGAAGGUGAAGGUUAUAAUGUUAAUAUUCCAUUACCAAAUGAAACUAGUGAUGAAAUAUAUUGUGAAGUGUUAGAAAAAGUCAUUAAGGAAAAGAUUGCUCCUUAUGGAGCCAAUUAUCUAAUUGUUUCUUUGGGUGUUGAUACAUAUAAAGAUGAUCCAAUUUCGGGAUUUCAAAUGACAACAGAUGCAUAUAAACGAAUUGGGCAGAUAAUUAAAUCAACAGAGUUGCCAACACUUUUCGUAAUGGAAGGUGGAUAUCACAUGGAAACUUUGGGAAUUAAUGUUACUAAUGUUUUAUUAGGAUUUAUGGACUUGCUUUUGGGUGGUGAUGAUGCUUCUAACGGAUUUUCACCUGAUGGUGUGCCUUUCGUGAGAUUUCUUGUAUCUUUAAGUAAUAGUCCAUAA